GCACUGCAUCCUAGGUACAGACAACCUCCCGAGGAUCUUGCUGAUGUACUUCUCAAACACAAUGUCUUCCAUAACCAGCUACUUCCCCACACUGCUAUGCAACUCUCCUCAAUUCAACAGGACGGUCAUAAACCAGGACUUGCAGUACAAAAUCCUGGAUCAGUCCUUCAGGCAGGAGCCCCGUGCCCUAAACUCCACCGACUUUGAUGCCAUGAUCAAGAGUGGAGCUGUAUUCGCCACCGAGUUCCAGCCUGACGAUCCGGUGCUUGACCGGAUCGACAGUGACGUCCUUGGGAGAAGCGCUAGGGAAAUUGUGCCUGGUGGUUGGUGCUUAGGAGACCCUGCGAACGGUACAUGUUCGGUUUGGGGGGAUGCCAAUGUUCUGAGACCUGGCAAAGGAGCGGCGAGGCUCGAGAAGCGUAUUGUUGAAAUGCUGUCAAAUAGACGGUUCCGGUCUCAGCAGUGUAUAUCUGAAUGAUGUGUUUCCCACUGAAUGAUACCCACUUACUACACGUAGAAACAGAGAUCAAGAGCCCAAAAAAGGAGGGGCUGGUCAAGUUUUGUAACUAAUUAUAUCACUCUGAUUAUUUACUACGACUCCCCCCACUUUUUAUAAGAAAGAAUGCCUCAGGUUCAGAGUGUCUGUCCAGAGUCCGGACCACCUGAUUGCUAUUGGAUCAUCUCCCCAUCAUCAAAGUGAACAGCUUUCGUUUCCUGACAUGACAAGGCUCUGAUCACAAUUGGAUCGUACAUAACGCAUUACACAGACGAUUUG